AUGGGCUUCAAAGAUGAGAUCCAUCUAGCACAUCAUCAUACCCAAUGGGCCGCUUCACAGGCAGACGCUGUGCUCAGCCCAAUUGAAGGCUUUCGAGAAAUUGACAAGGGAGACUGGAACUCUGGUCAUGCCAGUUAUAUCCAAGAUCCAUGGCAGAGUAUCGUCAUCAAGAAGGAGAUGGGCCGUUUUCUUGAGAUACUGGCUGCUGCGGUUGAUGAUGAGCUCCAGUAUGCUAUUCCUGAGUAUAUUAAGCCUGGGGCGCGUGAUGAGGUUGAUGUUUAUGAGGCUAUGAAGUGGAUUGUUGCUCAAGUUUCGAGUCGUUUUACUGUCGGCCUUCCUCUUUCUAAUUUUCAAGGCCGCGAUAAGGAGUAUCUGAAAGAUUCCCUUGCGUUUGCAGACUUGUUCAUCUUGAACUCUGGAUUGUUGAUUUACACUCCAUCGCUUCUCAAGCCGCUAAUUGGAUUUGUCGUCACAUUGCCAACACGGUACAGACGAUGGAAGAUUCAAAGGCAUAUACGACCUCUCUACGAGGAGAGAACCCAUAAGCUACUGAAUCCUGGACUUGAUGAGAAGAGCGAAGAACCGACAGACAAUCUGCAGAUGAUGAUGCGAUAUGCCAUCAGCAAGCAUGGUAGCCAAAUAGCUCCGUCUCAGAUCUCUGAUCGACUUUGUCUUGCAAACCUUGCCUCUUUCCAUCAGACUGCGGUUGCUAGCAGUAAUGUUUUGAUCAACAUCGCAGCUUCUGACGCCGAGUUCAACACGAUUGCAGCCAUUCGAAAAGAGAUGGCUGAUGUGCUUGCAGAGAGUGGCGGCGUAUUUGACAAAUCAUCGGUUUCUAAAAUGAUCCAAACAGAUAGUAUCCUCAGAGAAUCGAUGCGAACACAUGGCUUUGGAAACAGAGCUAUGAUUCGAAAGGUUGUUGCGCCGGGUGGUCUCAAGACUCCAGAUGGUCAUACUCUGCCUAACGGCUCGACCAUGUCGAUCCUCUCGUAUCCCGUUCAUCAGGAUCCUGAUAUUUACGAGCAACCUGAGAAGUUCUAUCCUUUCAGAUUCUCCAAUAUGAGGGCUGGGCCCGAUGGCAAAGACGCUAACCCAACGCUAUCAUUUGUAUCGACUUCUUCAACCUAUCUUCCUUUUGGACAUGGGAAACAUGCUUGUCCAGGACGGUUUCUGGUUGAUUUCGAGAUGAAGAUGAUUUUAUAUCAUGUUUUGAACCGGUUUGAUAUUGAGCUGCUUCCUGAGCAUAAUGGGGUUCGGCCGGAGAGUCAGUGGGUCACAGAAGCUGUCAUGCCGCCUGUUGGUGUCAAGCUACGAUUUAGGAAGAGAGAAUUCUCUUAG